GAGGGAGUUAGUCAAAUCCCCCGCACCCCAUUUCCACUCCCAUAUCGACGAGCGAGACGAAGGCGGAUCGGAGAUUCAAACCACAAGAAGAAGGAAGAACUUGGAAGAGAAGGGAGGAGUUUGAGAAGGAACCGGGGGAAGUGUGCUUGGGGAUCGAUCGGAUCCGGCGGCAGCUGAGAAUAUGGAGAUGGAAUAUCUGGGUAUUGAGGCGAAGCAGGCCGCCGUCCGCGAGGUGGCCAAGAUCCUCCCCCUCCAGGACCUCCUCGUUUCCAUCGCCUCCAUCAAAGCCGACUACCUCUCCCGUCAACAGGCAAAUGAUGCACAACUCAGCACAAUGCUAGCGAAGCAGGUUGAGCAGGCACAUAAGGGCAUUGAUGCACUGGGUUUGUGUCAGAAAACAAUAAACCAGAUCCGUGAAAAUUUUUUGUCCAUUGAAAAAUUUAUAACAAAUAGGUUGUGCCAAGAAUACCAGACGUUGAUCGAGAAUGAUGACAAGAUUAAGCUUCUUAGCAAUGCUAGAAACAACUUGAGCACAACGCUACAGGAUGUUGGAGGGAUGAUGUCCAUUUCUCUUGAAGCGGCUGCAGCUCAUGAUUCUCUAAGGGAUGACAAGGAACUCAUUCACACAUUUGAGAGGUUAACAGCACUGGAUGGUAAGCGGCGUUUUGCAUUAGCAGCUGCAGCAUCACACAAGGAAUAGGUUGGAAGGCUGAGAGAAUACUUUGGGGUCAUAUCUCCAACUUCUUUAAGCUGGCUAAGGAAAGUCCACAGACAGACACUGGUGCGAGCUUUAAAUUAUGAAUUAUUGUUUCAACAUGUAUUGCUCCUUCCCAUUAAUCCUAUCUUGGUAUGGUGGUAAUUGGCUCUGACUUUCUGGAUGUUUGUUAUUU